AGCGCCACAUGGCAGCGGCCGCGCAACGCGUCUGUUGCUUCCUUCGGGGGGAAGCAUGAAGGAGAAGCGAGUCGGCAAAUGAGCAGGGAGCGUUGGGAGCGUUCCUAGCCGCUCGAACAAUACAUGUUGUUUAUUUCGGUUCGGACGCUAAAAAAACGAAUGCCGCCUUGACUUCCAGAAAACACAGGUUGGAAGAUGGGCACCUAUUCCUAGCGGAUUAUUUCUGGAGUCGCGAUGAUCACGGAGACGCCGAUGAGACGGCCGUGAUACGAGCUACCACCACCACGAAGUUGAACAAAUCUCGAGCAUGGUGAAAGGGAGGAAGAGAACAACAACGGCUCGUAAGAAGGCCGGCUCGGCGUGUCCACAGAAGCAUCCCCUACCCAACGACUCCGAGAACCUCCAACGGCCGUCCAUGGCCGACCGCAGCUCGUCCGAAAUGGCGUCACAGAGGGACACGCGCAUCGAGGACUACUUCCCGGCCCUGGAGUCGACGGCGGCCUCUCAUGAGCGGAGCGGCAUCGGGGAGCGGCCCCCUUCCGAGCCCGAGGGGGACGUGCCGUGCCCCAACGCAGCGGCCCUUCCGGCCGGCCCCGGCCUCGACGCCACCCAGCCGCCGUCUCCUAGCUCGGGAGAGCAGGCGCCAGCAGCCGGCGCCACUUCCGAGUCAGCCGGCGCGACCGGCGACUUGAAGGUCACGGAGGAAGACGGCCCAAGGGUUCCGCCCAAGUCGCCGCGGCAGACCGUCAUGCGUGAAGCUCCGAAGGUCGCCAAGAAGAAAGGAGUCGUCCAGUGUCAUUCCCUCACCGAGUAUUUUCCCAUCCGGAGGAGUGGCCGGAAGACACGCAGUGCUCUUGCGAAAGAAAGGCAGAAGAAUGUCGAGGACGCCAUCUUGAACGGUGACGAGGAUGGAUUCAAGGUGACGGAGUUCGACAACAAGGGCCGCGGCGUGACCACCAUCCGACCCCUGAGGAGCGGCGACUUUGUCUUGGAGUAUGCGGGGGAGCUCAUAGACCACCAGGAGGCCAGGCUGCGUGAGCAGCUCUAUGCUGCAGACAAGUCGGUGGGCUGCUACAUGUACUACUUCAGCUGCAGGAACAAGCAGUACUGCGUGGACGCAACCAAGGAGUCCGGCCGGCUGGGGCGCCUGGUGAACCAUAGCAAGCGCGGCAACCUCAAGACGCAGACGUGCAUCAUCAAGGGCGUUCCCCACCUAGUGUUGGUCGCCCAGCGGGACAUCCAGCCCGGAGAGGAGCUGCUUUACGACUACGGCGACCGCAGCAAGACCUCCCUCCAAUUCCACCCGUGGCUGGCGCUCUAGCAGCACCGCGGCGGCGGCCUUCCCUUACGGCGGGCGCGCGGUGCCUGCAGACUCACGUUCCGGGCAGCAGGAGCACUGGCCGCAACCAUGGGACAACUGGGAACGACUACACCGAGUGCUUGGUGGCGUUUGCACUCUGUUCACCGCUAAGCCGACGACGGGGUGGAGGCCACACGGUCAUUGGACUAGCCACACGUCCAUCUUAUGCCACGCGACCACGCUCCCACCCACACCCAAAGUGAGGCGUCGCACGACGAGAGGCGGGCGAUUGAUCGACCCGGCGUGCACGUGGCUCCCACUGCGCAUUCGACCCAGGGGCAGGUUCUGCCGUCUUGUGUGGACCACUGACCGUCUGCGAGAAGCGGAUUGCAGACUGGCAUUGAUGCGUGUGGCCUUUAACGGCGGGAACGUUUGGCUAGAGUUUGAGAUAGCCUCGCUUUCUCUUCAGCAGAGAAGUGCGCGGCGUUUCUACCUGCGUAAAGUGGUUUUUAUUCUGCGAUGGGUGCGACCCUCGACAGUGGAAACACUGGGCUAGAGUGUGGGGGCUUAUCUACCGUUACGACGGCCUUGUGCGUCUGCAUUUUGCGGAGAUGCCUUGUACCUGCUCUGAAAGGAAUGCGGAUUGCAAGUUCGUCUGCUUCUUUUGCGGAGGUUGUGGUGACGUCGGAACACCGAGCUCCGAUUGGCUAUGACUGAAGAACAGCGGGUAGACCUAAAGACAGUUUGCUUUGAGGUCUACCCACAAUCAUUUAAUCAGGGCCAAUUGGAGCUCGGCGUCUUUCUGACAUCGCCACAAGCAGACAAACUUGCGCUCCGCAUAGCUUGAAGUCUGCCUUUGGGUGCUACGGAUGGCGGAAAUAUUCGCUCGAGGUCGGCCCACUCUGUUUGGCUUUUCCUACGGCAGGUGCGAUUUCUGUUCGGGCAUUUCUACCGUCGACCACCUUCGAAGACGCUCGGCUCGUCCUCUCAGCUUUCGCUCUAUUCAUUGGUGCCGUUCCACAUUUUGUCCGUUACAGGUAAUGUCAAACGGCGAAUUCUUAUUACCCGAGUCGGCGUUCCACACAAACACAAUGCGCCGCAUGUCGGCAUGUCGCAUUUAGCUUAGGUAGAAUAGAGUAUUCCUAAAUUUCGAAAUCUACCGACCCAGUUGGUGCAGAGAAUAAGCUGAUUCCACCACACUGGUGACUUUACCCGAGCUGCGAAAGCUCGGAUAAAUACGGCGACUGUUCGUUUGAGUUAAUCGUAUCGGGCUCUGUACUUCUGCAAUUGAUGCCGGGGUUAGUGUGUAAACAAGUUUUGGUCCCAAGAGCAGCAUUGUACUGGCGUUUUCAAAAGACACGGCUGGCUUCAGCAACUAUUUCAGGAGCCACAGCAAUAACCAUCAUGAAAAGGAUCCACUUUACUCCAGGUAAACAAAAAUUUGUGCUGUAAAGCCUAGUGGCCUUUGCCAUCUCGUUGCUACCGUAUCAUGGUUUCUACACUCGCUUGAUGGGCAUUUCGUUUCUCUGUAUGAGGGCUGGGACCACCAUGCUCGAGCGUUCUAGGAUGCAUCGAAGACAUUGUUAAUGAAUGCAGUAGGUAUAAUGCUUUUUUUUUUUUUUUUUUUGCUACUUUUUUAGUUGAUACGUUUCUAGUGGAGUUUAUGUAUCUGUUGUAGCGACCCGCUCGAGCAAAUGACUUUUGGCCUUUGAACAGCUGUAACUUCGGCUGCCUCUGGAGCAGGAAGGACUUACGGGCACAGGAAGCGACACAUCUGUAAGGCUUCAUACAUUCUCUUGUUGCUGGAGGCAUAGCCGUUCUUGCCUGCCUACUCUGGAAUGUGCCUGGCACAGGCCGCUUCUCUCUGGAGUUUAUACGACUAACUUGCACAGUAGGUGUGCCUUCAGCACCUUGUGCGGCAUCUACUGCUUGCGCUGCCGUGGUGAAGCUUACCGUUGGUUCCCAGUUAAAAAAGGGGUAGACCGAUUCCCAAGUUCUUUUGCAAUGCAGACGAUUAGAAGAGAAGGACAUGCAGCACUGAAAAGUCUGCUCUAGUGUUCAGAUCACUACCGUGUGCUUGCUAUUUUAGGUUUCUUGCACACAUGGUUUGCAUGCGACGUCACUGCGUCGUGCUGGUCAUCAUCGCUUGUUCUAGCCAAGAAAAACAAAGUCUGUGGUGUAAGCUGCACUGCAGAAGGUAUGAGCUCGGGAGCAAGGUCACCACAAUGGCAGCCGCCAUAAACGUUAAAAGUAGCACAUACGAGAAAAAAAAGACUGGUCUCUUAGCUGUCUUUGUGAAGAAAAUCUAGAUGAAGUUUCUUGUUACCUGUGACUACUUUUACUCGCUGAGGGUACAUGUGAUAAUGGUGCAGUCACAUAGGCAAAAUUCAUGAUUGUCUUGAGUAGUACUAGAGGUACUGUAUGGUGAAAGGUGAAAAAGAACAACUACUGUCUCUUAUAUCGGGAGUGUAAAAGCUGGGCUACUGCCAAUUUAAUGGUCUAUACACAAAUGCAGCAGUGAGAAAAUUUUAAAAAAAAAUAUUUUAAAGACUUCUGUCAGAGGGCUUUAUCCUGAAUUAUAUUAAUUACGAGUGGACUUGCCAUCCUUGUAUGUGCAUUUAUACAAACUGCAACUGCACAAAGAUGUUUUUUUGUGUGGCAGCACUUUUGGACCUUGAACUAUCUGAAGUUGAAAUUGCUUGUCUGUUGUGUCCUUUCAUUUGCUUCUCCUAUUCUAGAUUAGCUAUAUGUUGAGAUGCCAGUUUAGCGAUAUGUUGAGAUGCCAGUUUAGUGAUAAGUUGAGAUGCCAGUUUGUGGUGUGUUAAACAGCCAGAUCUUGGGAGUCGCCGAAGGCAAGAAGAAUGCAUUUGAUUCUUGAGAUGAUAGACAACUAACAUUUUUCUAGUUGCCCUCUUCCUACUAUUGUUACAAGUCGAGGUAGAGGCACAACACUGAAGCCUUUUAAGCUAAUGCCUACAUGCUUCGUUUCUACAACUGUGGUGCAGUCGAGAGCUAUCCAGUUCGAUGCCUUUGAACAACCUGCAACAGUGCUUUAUCUAAACGCUGCACAACUAUCUUAUAUUUCACAUCUCUCAAAACCAAUCAUUUUGCGAGCCAGUUUCCUUCGGUAGAAAUAUUUUUGUUUUCGCAAAUGCAUUUCAUUUGUAAAUAAUGUUGGUCCUUUGCUUCUCAACAUACAAACGCAUGUCGAGGAUUUUUGUCCAUUGUUUUCUUGUUUCAUGUCCCGCCAAAGAGAAGGCUGCAUUCUAGCACCCGUCAUGUGUAACUUAUUUGGCAUUUUUGUCUUUUCCUGGUUUGGCACAUAAUGCUCUGUGCAGCAGGGUUUCUUAAUAAAGCAUUAUCCAUUUCA